UAGGAAAAAAGGAAACUUUGAAAACAUUUGUUUUGAUGGUCUGUCUUAUAGAGUAAUCAGAAAAAUAUAUUGCAUUUGCAUGAAGAAGUGACUGAAGAUAGAGAAAGGAGAGUUUUAAAUCGUUUGAACAUAAUUUAAAUGGUGUCGGUGAGUGAAAAGAAAUCUGUAGAUAGAGAAGCGUAAGUGUGUGCGUGGUGAAUGUCGCAUAGAUGUCUCUCUUUUGACAGACUACGAAUUUCUGUCUAAAAUUUUGAGCGCAAGACUUGCAGAAAAUGCCUCCAUUUUGUUUAUUUUCUUAUGUGGAAAGUGCAGUGUCGGCAUCGCAAUAGACAUCGGGAAAACCCAUGAACUUGGCGAGCCGAUAGUGAUUCCUAGCGCGUCGGCCGUACAUAAACCCCAAAAUAUAUAUGUUACUUGUGCGUGCCCCUCGAACAGAGGGUUCAAAAAUUAGCAGCAAUUGGGCGCAUCGCAAGUAAGCACUUCGUCAAAUUGACUGGUCUGUCCGGCACUAAAAAUAAUCUGCAAGCACACAACAACAGCACAGCUAACGUGCGUGCCGGUGACGCAGCGUCAACGGACAAAGAACCGCCGCCGCCGAGGAGGACCAAGAGCCGGACUGCGCCCCAAGUCGGUGUCCAGACAACCCAACAGCCGACCAUGAACCACGUGACGGGGCCGCACUUUCGGAACGCCCGCGACGACGAGAACCCCCAGUCGAAUUUCAACGAGGUGGAGGAAAUGGAGACGCAGGAAGACAACAUCACAGACACGGGAGGCGGCGAAAUGGAUCACAGUCAGAACGGUGAGGUAGUAAUCGGUCCACAACCAGAUCCCAACAUGGUCGUCCAGGACUUCGACCUCGAGGAAGAUGAGUCCCGUUCGGAAGCUACCUUCCGCUUCACAGUCACCAACUUCAGCAAGUUGAAGGAUUCAAUUCUAUCGCCGCCGUGUUAUGUGCGCAACCUGCCCUGGAAGAUAAUGGUGAUGCCGCGCAACAGCCAUUCACAAGACAGGUCGGCACAACGCAGUCUCGGCUUCUUUCUACAGUGCAAUGGUGAGAGCGAAAGCAACUCGUGGUCGUGCUAUGCAAUCGCCGAGCUGCGGUUGUUGUCCGUACGACAGGAGGUCGAACCCUUCAGCCGCAAGAUCCAGCAUCUGUUUUAUUCCAAGGAGAACGACUGGGGCUUUUCGCAUUUUAUGUCGUGGAACGACGUUCUCGAUCCGGAAAAGGGUUACAUCAAGGACGAUUCGAUCACGCUAGAGGUGCACGUUACCGCCGAUGCGCCGCACGGCGUCUCGUGGGACAGCAAAAAACACACCGGAUAUGUCGGUUUGAAGAAUCAGGGAGCCACCUGUUACAUGAACUCGCUGCUACAAACUUUAUACUUCACAAAUCAGUUACGCAAGGCGGUCUAUAAGAUGCCAACCGAGUCCGACGACUCAACCAAAUCCGUGGCGUUGGCGUUGCAGCGCGUCUUCCACGAGCUACAGUUCUGUGAUAAGCCGGUCGGCACCAAGAAACUGACCAAGAGCUUCGGCUGGGAGACGCUGGAUUCGUUCAUGCAGCACGACGUACAGGAGUUCCUAAGGGUGUUAUUGGAUAAACUAGAGAGUAAAAUGAAGGGCACGUGUGUAGAGGGUACGGUUCCUAAGCUGUUCGAGGGCAAAAUGAACUCGUACAUUAGGUGUAAGAAUGUCAACUAUUCGAGUACCCGCACGGAAACGUUUUACGAUAUUCAGCUCAACAUUAAAGGAAAGAAAAACAUUGAUGAAUCAUUCAAGGAUUACAUAGCAAAAGAAACACUGGAUGGCGACAACAAAUACGAUGCCGGCGAGCACGGUUUGCAGGACGCCGAGAAGGGCGUAAUAUUCUCCACUUUCCCGCCCGUUCUCCAUCUUCACUUGAUGCGGUUUCAAUACGAUCCGAUCACAGACAGUUCGGUCAAGUUCAACGAUCGUUUCGAGUUCUACGAGAAGAUCUCCUUAGACAGCUAUUUGCACGAGCCCGAUCCGAACAAUCCGGCCAAUUACACGUUGCACGCCGUCCUGGUACACAGCGGCGACAACCACGGUGGUCACUAUGUUGUCUUUAUUAAUCCUAGAGGUGAUGGAAAAUGGUGCAAGUUCGACGACGAUGUAGUUUCGAGAUGUUCAAAGCAGGAGGCUAUAGAUCACAAUUACGGCGGUCACGACGAAGAUAUGAACAUGACAGUCAAACACUGCACCAAUGCCUACAUGUUGGUUUACAUCAGGGAUUCUGAGUUGCACAAUGUGCUCCAAGAGGUGACAGAAAACGAUAUACCGAGCGAAUUGGCCGACCGUUUGGCAGAAGAAAAACGCAUGGAACAGGUGCGACGCAAAGAACGCAACGAGGCCCACUUAUAUAUGACCAUAAACGUGCUACUCGAAGACUCGUUCGAUGGUCACCAAGGCAACGAUCUGUAUGAUCCCGAACGCGCCCUGUUUCGCGUGUUUAAGAUUAAGAAAAUGGCCACGAUAGCCGAAUUGAUGGAGAUGUUGGCGGACGCGUUCAAAUACCCGCCCGAACAGAUUAGGCCGUGGCCGUUCAGCCAGCGUUCGAACCAGACGGUGCGACCGAGCACGCUCGAUCUAGAAGCCGAUCUGCACAAGACCGUGAUCGAUGCGGCAGAAAAUCUGAAUCCUUGGAACAUAUUUUUGGAACUGUUGCCACCCGAUUUAGGUCUGUCUGUGUUGCCGACGUUUGAUAAGGAGACAGACGUGUUGUUGUUUUUUAAAAUGUACGACCCGAAACAGAAGAAGAUACACUACUGCGGACACAGUUAUUUGCCGGUUCAGAGCAAGCUCACCGAUGUGGUGCCGCUGCUGAACGAACGUGCCGGCUUCCCGCCGGAUACCGAGCUGCUGCUCUACGAGGAGAUCAGGCCGAACAUGAUCGAGAGGAUCAUCAAUUUUAACGAUCCAUUAGAAAAAGUGUUAGAGGAACUAAUGGACGGCGACAUAAUCGUCUUCGAAAAGGACGAACGCGAAGAACUGUCCGAUCUGCCCAACUGCAUAGAGUACUUCAAGGACCUGUUCUAUCGCGUCGAGGUCACGUUCGUCGACAAAUGCAUCCCGAACGAUACCGGUUUCACCAUGGAACUGUCGCAGCGCAUGACCUACGACCAGUUCGCGCGGGCCGUCGCCCAACGUGUCGGCACCGAUCCGUACCUAUUGCAGUUCUUCAAGUCGCAAAGUUACAAAGACAGUCCGGGGCACCCGCUGCGUUGCACGUUCGAAGGCACUCUGAAGGACCUGCUGGUGUUCACGAAACCGAAAAUACCGAAAAAGAUAUUCUACCAGCAGUUGAGCAUCAGGGUUAACGAGCUGGAAAACAAGAAGCAGUUUAAGUGCAUGUACGUGGGUCCGAAGCUCAAGGAGGAGAAGGAACUGAUACUGUAUCCGAACAAGGGCGGGACGGUGGCCGAUCUGCUGGAGGAGGCCAAAAAACAGAUCGAUUUUAGUGAAGGCAGCACGGGAAAAUUAAGGAUAACCGAGGUGAAUUGCAACAAGAUUUCGUUGGGGCCGAAAGAGGACACGCCGCUGGAGAAUCUGAGUGGUUCAUCGGCGAAGGUAUAUAGGAUUGAAGAGGUACCGCGGGACGAGCUCCAUUUGCAGGAGGACGAGAUGCUGGUGCCAUGCGCACACUUUCACAAGGAGGUGUUCUCCACGUUCGGUAUCCCAUUCAUCAUCAAGAUUAAGCAAGGCGAACCAUUUGUUAAAAUUAAAGAGAGAAUUCAAAAGAAGUUGUCGGUGCCGGAGAAGGAAUGGGAAAAGUUCAAGUUCGCCAUUAUUUCGAUGGGCAGGCCGCAGGUCAUCCAGGACGACGAUUAUGUCGUCAGCCUCGCCGACUUUAGGCCAGGUUCCAAUCAAGGCAAGUUAAUACAUGAGUCUAAGGAAUUAAAUGACAAAGAACUAUCGGGUAAUCAGAAACCGUGGUUGGGAUUGGACCACGUGAACAAGGCACCGAAACGAUCGCGGUUCAACUACCUGGAGAAGGCCAUUAAAAUCUACAACUGAGACUGGGACGACGUAUGACAAACUUACAGAUUAUACAUAAAUUUAAACUAAAAAACCAAAAAAACAUAAUAAAGAACUCAUAAAAAAUUCUUAAGUUGGAUACCACGUAUCGCCAACCCACAGUAGGCCAAAAAAAAAUGUAACUUUUUCCCAAAUUGCGUGGAAAAAAACGGUUUUGCGGUUUACGACAAAACUUUUGUUUUAUACUAAUCGUAAUGGUGUGAGAUGCUUUUCGUUGUGUGCUUUUUUACUAUGGGAAAGCACAGUUAUUAUGCAACACCACAUUGUACAUAAUACUGUAUUUGACAAAAAAAUGUCUUAUCUGUUUAGGAUAUAUUCACGAAAAGAAAAUAAUCACUUGUUAAUUAUUUAAAGAUCAUUUUGUAGUUAUGUUGUAUCGAUUUUUAUUUUUUUGAUUGCUAGUUAAAAUAUGUAUGUAUGAAUCAUGUUUUAAAUUAAAUGAUUUCUAUUAUA